UAGAAUUCUAAAACGGGAGAAUCGACUGCACUUGUUCAGGCGUCUUGAACAGUUAAGCAGUAAGCAAAUCAAAUGUGAUGGAGCCAUUGAAUUUCUUCGCCUUUGCCAGAAUGUAGAUCUUACACCAACCUUCGCCAAAGUCGACCAGACGAAGUCGAAGAACUGGCAACAAUCAUCGAAAGCGUUCUCAACAAAUGUCAUCGCCGAGGAGCUAAGAUCAAAAGUGAAACAGAAUGCUAUGUUAAAGAUGGAAAUGAACACCAUCUAUGACGAAAUCCGCCAACAAUGUUCACCGCUACAGUACAUGCUUACCUUACGCGUUAUGACAGAUCUUCGAAAGAAACUUUACGAAGACGUAAUGACCAACCACACGAGCAAGAUUGCAAGGUUAAUUAACAAGGAAUUUGACGUUGACGAACACAUUACAAACAUCUCAUCGUACCGACUGUCAUUCUUUGAAAAGUUAGUUCUCUGCCGUGGUUUGAAAUUCUCCAUCGCUCAACCUGUGCCAGCUCGUGAUGUAAAAGCCAGCUUUGAAAAAGCUUACUGGCGACUUGAACCCACAUUACCGGAGGACCAAAAAGAAUUAGCCGCCGCGACUCUUCGCUCGAUUGCCCUGAAUUAUAUUCAAAGGAGAGGCCCAAGACCACCCAAAGCACUGCAACAAGCCAUAAAUCAACUUAGACGAAGGGAAGACAUUGUCAUUACAAAACCCGACAAAGGAUCUGGCGUAGUAGUAAUGGACAAGACAGAGUACAUCCGUCUACUAAGUGAUGCUUCCAUCAAAGACACAACGAAGUUCACCCCUAUCAACACAGAAAGACCAAAAACACGCGGCCGGCCUCCUAAACACUACCAUCCCUUACUACAAAAAGAAAAACAGCUGGAGUCCGUCGUCAGAAAAAUCCUGCCAAAGCCGAUUGCUGACACAGUUUGUCGCAAAGGUUCCCGGCUUGCUCACCUUUAUGGUCUUCCAAAGACUCACAAACAGCAACUAUCAAUGCGACCGAUACUAUCAUCGACUGGGACCUACAACUUCGCCCUGGCCAAGUGGCUUGAAGAGAAGCUUAAGCCCCUUUCAUUAAAUCAGCACACUAUCUGCGAUAUCUUCUCCUUCGCCGAAGUGAUAAGGGAAACACCACUCAACCCGAAUGACAUUCUCGUGUCGUAUGACGUAUGUGCUUUAUUUACCAACGUGCCACUCGACGAGACUAUUGAGAUCAUCGCUGAAAAAGCCUUUAAAAACAACUGGUUUAAUGAAACGCAUGGUCUCAACCUCACAAAGACAGGUCUUACCGAACUUUUAAGAAUAGCAACCAAAGAUCAGCUAUUUCAGUUCGACGGUCAACUUUAUGAGCAGGUGGACGGUGUGGCCAUGGGCUCGCCCCUGGGACCCCUUAUGGCAAACGUUUUCCUGUGCUCCAUUGAAGAACAACUGGAUCGCAACAACAAGUUACCAAGUUUCUACAAAAGGUACGUCGAUGACACAUUAGCCACGAUGCCAAAUAUUCAAGCCGCAACAGCUUUCCUUUCAACAUUGAACGAAUGCCAUCCUGCCAUACAGUUCACAAUGGAAAUUGCUGAAAACAACAAGCUUCCAUUCCUCGGUAUGAUGAUUGAGAAAAACGGUUGCCACCUGACAACAAGCGUAUAUCAUAAACCAACUGAUACAGGACUGCUCUUACAUUACCAGAGCCAUGUCGAUCAGCGUUACAAAAGAUCUCUGCUGAAUACAAUGCUGAACCGAGCUUACCGCCUGUCAUCAACGAAAGAAUCUUUUACGAAGGAAUGCCAGCAUCUCAAGCGG